CUUGAUUUCAAUCCUCACCUCAUUCUCAUAUAUACCAGUAUUCAAGCUGUAUCCCAGAAAAGGAUAAAUUACAGAGAAAUGGCAGGAAUUCAAAAGGCCCUCGAUGCAGGCGCAGUCCCGUCUCAUAUUUCCAACGUCUGUCCACCAGGAACCAAAGCAUAUCUCCUGGAAGUCGGCUGGCUCGAAUGCGAUGAGGGUUUCGUGGUUCGAGGAGGAAAUACCUCAUUGAAGAGUACCGAAGGAGAGUCAUUUGUCAACAAGAGGAGAGAAUUACCAAUGUAUUGUGUUCUCAUCGAUCAUCCUCACGAGGGCUGCAUUCUUUGGGAGACGGGUAGUGGGGUGGAUUACCCCACGGUUUGGGGUCCACAGGUCGCGGAUGUCUUUUCUAGGAUCAAGUAUGAGCCACGGCAUGAGUUGAAGGCGGCGAUUGAGGCAACGGGGCAUAAGUUGACGGAUGUAAAGAAGAUUAUUCUUGGACACAUGCACUUGGACCAUGCAGGAGGUUUGGAUCAGUUUCUUGACCGCACUGAUAUCGAAAUUUGGGUUCAUGACAAGGAGUUGAGAUCUGCCUUCUGGUCUGUAGCAACUGGGGCAGAUGUUGGGGUUUAUUUGGAUCAUUACAUGAAGCUGAACUUAAACUGGAAGACAUUCGACGAUAGAACUAUGGAUUUUUGCCAGGGGAUCACACUUCAUCAUCUUCCUGGCCAUACAGACGGUUUGGUUGGAAUGCAAUUAAAUUUGCUGAACAGUGGCACCUUCUUCUUCAUCAGCGACCACUGUCAUGUUAUUGAGAAUUGGAGAGACGGAAUUCCUCAAGGGUGGCUUGCUCGUGAUCAUCCGGCUUGGUUUCAAAGUACGCAGAGAUUGAAGCGUUUGGAAGCCACGACGAGAGGACGAGUUAUUCCAGGACAUGACAAGGAGACGUUCUUGCAGCUACAGAGUGAGAUUAAAGACUAUCUGAGUUAGGAAGCUCCGUCUGAGAAUUUCAGAGAUGGAGUUUGGGAGGCCCCUAAGGGAGAGUGUUAAGUGGAUUCUGGUUGAUUGGUCGGUCAGCUUGGGGUUGUAAGGUUAGGUCAUCUCGUAGCUGUUGUAAUACUUCACAUCCUUUUAGCUGAGCUGAACAUCGGUCAUUGGUGAUGCCGGAAAUAACAAUUUCUCCAAUAAUGACCGGGUUACCCCGCAGCUCUACCCCGCACGUCUCAGUUGCAUCACAUCCCACUAAGAGCGCCGAGCAACACGAG